AAAAUAGGCUGGAGCUAAGGAAAGCAGAGCUGAAUUUAAAGAGACAAGGUUUUACGCGCAGCGAGUUUACAUUUUUUAAAAGGGUUCAUGAUGACAGAAGGAACGUGUUUGAGGAGACGGGGUGGACCUUACAAGAGUGAACCAGCCACAGACCUGAGGCGCUGGCGGCUGUCUAAUGUGGAGGGUCGGCAAACCUGGCGUUAUGUCGAAAACGAAGACUCCGCGGAAAGGGAACUGAAUAUGCUGGAAGCUCACUCUCUGGGCCUCGACACUAGCAUGUUUGCUCCCAGUUCCCCUCCUGCUGAUACAGCAAGACAGUCAGCUCUGAAGGGAAUGGAGUUCUACCGCCUCCUGCAGGCAGAAGAUGGGCAUUGGGCAGGGGACUACGGAGGACCUCUCUUUCUACUCCCAGGCCUUCUGAUCACCUGCCACGUGGCUAAGAUCCAUCUCCCAGAGGCCUGGAAGAAGGAGAUGGUGAGGUACCUGCGCUCAGUGCAGCUCCCUGAUGGGGGAUGGGGCCUGCAUGUUGAAGACAAGUCAACAGUCUUCGGCACUGCCUUGAACUAUACCACACUAAGAAUUCUGGGAGUUGAACCUGAUGACCCUGAUAUGGUGCGGGCCAGAAACAACCUUCACAGCAAAGGAGGUGCCAUUGGAAUUCCUUCCUGGGGUAAAUUCUGGUUGGCCAUCCUCAAUGUGUACAGCUGGGAGGGGAUGAAUACUCUCCUUCCAGAAAUGUGGCUGUUUCCCACCUGGAUGCCUGCUCAUCCAUCCACACUGUGGUGUCACUGCCGCCAGGUUUAUCUGCCCAUGAGCUAUUGCUAUGCAGUGCGCCUCACUGCCCAGGAAGAUGCUCUGGUGUGCAGCCUCAGACAGGAGCUGUAUGUACAGGACUAUUCAUCAAUUGACUGGCCUGCUCAAAGGAACAACGUGGCGGCCUGCGAUAUUUACACACCUCACAGCAAACUUCUAACAGUAGCUUACUUAAUCAUGAAUGUGUAUGAGUCCCAUCACAGCACCUCUCUCAGGAAACGAGCAGUUGAGGAACUUCUCAGUCAUAUUAAGGCAGAUGACAGUUUUACCAAGUGUAUCAGCAUUGGACCAAUCUCCAAGACCAUCAACAUGCUGGUGCGCUGGUAUACAGAUGGUCCCUCCUCCCCGGCCUUUCAAGAGCAUGUGUCCAGAAUCCCUGACUACCUGUGGAUGGGCCUUGAUGGCAUGAAAAUGCAGGGAACAAAUGGAUCACAGCUGUGGGAUACUGCUUUUGCUGUGCAAGCAUUUCUUGAGGCUGGAGCCCAAGACUGUUCUACAUUUACAGAGUGUCUCCAUCAUGCCCAUGAAUUCUUCAGAAUCACACAGAUACCAGAAAAUCCUCCUGAUUAUGAAAAGUACUAUCGACACAGGAACAAGGGUGGCUUUCCUUUCAGCAACCGGGACUGUGGCUGGAUUGUGGCUGAUUGUACAGCAGAAGGCCUGAAGUCAGUGAUGCUGCUGCAGGACAAAUGCCCUUUCAUCACGCAGCACAUUCCCAAGGAGCGCCUCUUUGAUGCUGUCGAUGUGCUUCUGAGCAUGAGAAACGCUGAUGGCGGAUUUGCCACUUACGAGACCAAAAGAGGGGGAAGACUGCUGGAACUCCUGAACCCUUCCGAAGUAUUUGGUGACAUAAUGAUAGACUACACCUACGUGGAGUGUACCUCUGCAGUGAUGCAGGCACUCAAGCAUUUUAGCAAGUCAUUCCCUGAAUAUAAAACAGAAGAAAUCAGGUCUACUUUGCAGCAAGGACUAGAAUAUUGCAGGCAGGCACAGAGAGAUGAUGGCUCAUGGGAAGGAUCUUGGGGGGUGUGCUUCACAUAUGGAGCAUGGUUUGGACUGGAAGCCUUUGCCUCUGUGGGUCACACCUUCCGGAAUGGGUCUGCGUGCAGUGAGGUGCAGAGAGCCUGCGAUUUUCUGCUCUCAAAGCAGAUGGAGGACGGGGGCUGGGGAGAGGACUUUGAAUCCUGUGAGCAGCGUAGGUAUGUCCAGAGUGAGAAGUCCCAGAUACACAACACCUGCUGGGCCCUCCUAGGCCUCAUGGCCGUGAGAUACCCAGAUGACAGAGUGAUAGAAAAGGGUAUACAGAUGCUAAUUAGUAGGCAACAGCCCAAUGGAGACUGGGCACAGGAGAACAUCGCUGGUGUGUUUAACAAGAGCUGUGCUAUCAGCUACACUGCCUACAGAAAUAUCUUCCCCAUCUGGACUCUGGGACGUUUCACACACUUGUACCCUGCCAGCCCCCUUGCUGGAAAAGUCAAGUUAUAAACAGCCUUGAAACACUAUGAAGCAAACUCUAAUACCUACUUUUCCUGAUGGAAAACUCAAAAACAUUUGUUGUUGUCUAGUCCUGAGGCCUGUAAGAGUUCUUGAGUAAUUUCUUGUGCAUCUUCUUAUCUUUUCUUUAGAAACAAAAAUGCUCAUCAUUGCUUUUGUUCUAUAGCAGAUAACAAGAAAUGUGUUUACCUCUCCUAAAAGCCUUAGUCAUCAAUGAAAAUUGUACAGUAUAAAAGUAGAAGGUUGUUUAAUACAAUGAAUGAAUAAAUAAUGUCUGGAUCAAUUACAAACCAAAAGGGUUAAUAUCCUCCCAUUUGUUCUUUUUGCAAUUUUUUUUAUAUUAGCAGUAUUAAUUAUUAAUUGUUGUUUAAGUUUACCUCUACAUACAAAAAAUAAUCAAAAAUGGUUUUCAUUUUCAAACUGUUAGCAUUGUUUUGAAGACCUCUGUGGCAUACACUCAGACCCCAAAUGUUAUGUUUUUGGUGGUGAAAAAACUAUAGUGAUUAUGUUCACUGACCUUUUUUUGAAAUUCAGAGAUGAACAUUAAAAGAGAAGUGCUGUAAACAGACUCAAUACCUUGAAGAAAUGCCUUGCCUUUUACAUUUCCUGUAAAACUGCUAAUUCUGUUCAAAAUCUGUCAUCUUAAUGUUUACAGCAGCUUGUAACUUUGCCCGUGUCACUGUAGAACAUCGUGAAAUUUAAAAUUGUUUACUUGAAAAUAUUGAUUAAAGAUUUUUGUAGAUUGUAA